AUGAAAAGUCAAAUCUUGUUUUUUGCUCUUUUAAGCAUUGCUCUUUGUGCCUAAAACCCAUUGUUUUUGAAUGAGACCUACACCACUGGUCUUGUCAACAUCUAAAAAUCAAGUGACAUUUUUUACUGGCUUUUUGAAUCAAGAAGCAACCCUUCAACAGACCCUUUAGUUAUCUGGUUGACUGGUGGUCCUGGAUGCUCUUCAGAACUUGCUCUUUUCACUGAAAAUGGCCCUUUCUCAGUAAAUGAUAAUUUGACUUUAGAAAACAAUGCUUACUCUUGGAAUAAUUAAGCCAACCUUGUAUUUGUCGAUUAACCUGUUGGUACUGGUUUUUCUUUUGCAGGAAAAGGUGAAUUAGUUACAAAUGAAGACGAAGUUGGUGAGGAUUUUUAUCAAUUUAUUCUUGGUUUCUUAGAAUAAAAUCCUCAAUUUAUUGGCAGACCUCUCUUUAUAACUGGUGAAUCAUACGCAGGUCAUUACAUUCCCGCAAUCGGUGCAGAAUUAGUCAAGCAAAAUAAUCCUAAAAUUAAUUUAUAAGGUCUAGCUAUUGGUAAUGGUUUGGUAAAUCGUGAAGUCCAAGAUCCAACUUAUGGUGAAUAUGCUUACAAAAAUAAAUUGAUUUCUGCUUUCAAAUAUUACUUUGUUGUUAAACCAGCUUUGGCUAUUUGUUCUUCUUUGACUACCAUAAAGGCUCCUAUGAUUCUAAGCAAUAUAUUCUGUAAUAUAGGCUUAGAAGCAAUUCUUGGUUCUGGAUAAACUCCUAAAUUCAAUAUCUAUGAUAUCAGAAAACCUUGUAUUGGUUCUUUAUGCUAUAACAUGACUAAUGUUGAUAAUUUCCUAGCUAGAAAUGAUGUUAAAUCUGCUUUGGGUGUAAGUGGAAGAACCUGGUAAGAAUGCUCCAAUACUGUUCAUACUGCUCUCACUAAAGACUAAAAUGUAAAUCUUGCUUAAAAAGUUGCUUAUGUCCUAGAAAGCGGUAUUAAAGUCUUAGCUUACAGUGGUGAUCAAGAUUUCAUCUGCAAUUACAUGGGAGGUAUUGCUUGGACUAAUGCUAUGGAGUGGACUUAAUAAAAAGCUUAUCAAUAGGCAUAAUUCUAAGACUACUAAGUCAAUGGAUAAAGUGCAGGUCAAAUUAAGGGUGCUGGAAAUUUCUAAUUCCUUAGAGUUUAUCAAGCUGGACACAUGGUUCCUAUGGAUUAACCAGCUGUUGCUCUUCAUUUGAUUAACUAAUUCAUAUCUAGUUGA